GAGGAGGGCAGGAGGAGCCUCACACUGCUGGCUCGGCCCACGGAAGGUUCUGCCAGGCCCAUGGGAUGUCCUAGAGCCGCAGGCAUCUAUUGGAGGAGUCCCGGCUCUUUCAGGGAUGGGCCUGUCUUAGCACACCUGCCAUGCCUGGUCAGGGGCUAAGAGCAGCUCAUGGGAGGUGUGGCUUUAGCCCAGAUGUGGUAGUGGGUCCAGAGGUCCACUGCUGGGACUAUCAGUCAUGCUUCCUGUUCUCAGAGAUCUGGGGGGUACAUUUUCUUCAUUGUCACAGCCACUGCUGAGCCAGGUUAUACAUUCAUGAAUUCUCUUAACGGACAUUUACAGAGCACUUUCUGUGCACUUGACCCUUGUUGGCACUGGGGGAAAACAACACAUGAGGAAAUCCCUGUGCUGUGAGAGCCCUCAGUCAGGUGAGAAGAUGAAUCCACGAACAGGCAGUGGCAGUGGUAUGUGAUCCAUGCAGGGCAGGGCCACGUCCCGGGUGCUCUCGGAUCCCACAGAAGGGACACUUAUCUCCCCUGGGGCAUCCAGGGCAUGUUCUGGGAGAAGGCCACUGUCUAAGCUGAGGCUGGAAGAGCGAAGGUGAGCGAAUGACCCAGUAAGAGGUUGAAGAACUCCAACGGAAAGAGGAAACCUACACACAGCCCCUGAGGGUAAGAGAGAGGGUAGUGUCUAUUUCGGCAUGCCUGUAGUAAUUCCUGUGGCUCGUGGGGAGGAGGAGAGAUUUUUCAGGGGGUGUUUACAAAAGUACGUGAUGGGGAACCAGUCAUAUGGGGCCUUGUAAACCAACAAAAGACGUUAACUGUGUGCCUUGUGGUCAAGAGGCCGAUGAGUGGGUCAGAUCCUGCCCUACCACUUCCCAGCUGUGCAGCCUGGGCAAGUCACCUAACCUCUCUGUACGUCUUUGCCAUGUCUGUCGAAUGGGAUCACAAUAGUCGUGUUCCAUCGGGUUGUGAAAAUUAAGCGGCUUUCUGUCAAGCUCCUAGAACAGUACCUGUCAUGCAGUAAACAUUCAAUAAAUGUCUGUUUCAGUUCUCAUCAUUAUCCUAUACUUUAAAUCGUCCUGUUCAAAAAUCAUGGUCAGACAGGCUUAAAUGCUUGCCUGCUGGCAUCUGACAGUCACCAGACUUCUCAAAAUGACACGACUGGUACAUUUUCUGAAUGAAUAAAAGAGUGCCGUGGUGUUGUCUCGAUGGCUCAGGAUGCAGCUGCUCCGGAUAAUAUUGACAGAAUCAAAAAACGAAAAACCCAAACCUCAACCACUAAGUUUCCUUGACUUUUCUCCUGAACAACAACUGAAUGAACCUCGAAGCUGUCGCCACCUGGGGCUCUUGGGCUCUGAGGGACAGUCCCCAACCAGUGUUUCCAGAAGCGGGCUCGGUGGGUCACCUGACUCAUCUGUUAAUGUAGAUUUGGGGGCAACUCAAAACCUGCCGAAGCAGAGUGUCCGAGAAGGAGACCCGAGGUUCUGCGUCUUAACCGGCAGCCCAGGUGAGACUUGCUCCCACCGCACUAUGAGACUCACUUGUCCUAUGGUUAGACUAACAGUCUCCGUGAAGGAGGAAGUUAGCAUAAAGCUUUUACGUUGUCAGCCUCUUUCCAUAUCAGGGAAGGAAGGAUACCCAAGACAGCAUCCCUUCUGAGAAGCCCGGGCAGGUAGGAAGCAUCUCAGCUAGUGUGUGGGCCUCCAAAGCAAAACAUUCUGAACACAGGGCACUAACUGAUGCGAUGGCCACGUGCUGAGGGUUAGCAUUUUGCUUUAAGGUGCAUUCAUGCAUACUGUCUCCUAAAGAAAGCCAACGGGUCGCAAGUGCUGUCCCUGCACUGCGCACGGAAGAAAAUGACUUUAUCUCCGCCGGAAAUGAAAUUGUCAGCAAGAGGUUCCUGGCCUUUGUAAAUCUCAGCAAGUAACUCCCAACAAGAUUAAAUCCCCGUUAACAGUGGGUAUUUCUGGGAGGUGGGAUAACAGGCUACUGUUCCUUCCUGAUAACUUCUUACAAGUUUUGCACGGGAGGCAGUGUGUGGAGUGCUUCAGAGUGCAUAAGCCUGGCACGAGCCUGCCUGGGUCUGCCCUGCUUCCUCUGCACAGUAGGCAAGUUACUGACUCUCUCUGUGCCUCACUUUCCUCAUCUGUAACAUGGGGAACAAAUAGAAGGGAUAAUCAGAUGCCUCACUGAGUUUAAAUACAUUUAUAGCUGUGCAGUGUUUAGGCAAUGCUUAACACUUACUAAGCUCUUGAGAAGAAUUAACUUAUUAUUAUUAUUAUUAUUAUUUUAAAGGUUUUUAAUGUUUAUUUAUUUGAGAGAGAGAGAAUGAGAGAGUGUGAGUGCACGUGAGCAGGGGAGCGGCGGGGAGAGAGGGAGAGAGAGAAUCCCUGAGCAGGUUCCACACUCUGUGCAGAGCCCUACACAGGGCUUGAUCUCACGGCCAUGAGAUCACGACCUGAGCUGAAAUCAAGAGUCAGAUGCUUACCUGACUGAGCCACCCAGGCGCCCCUAUUUUUUUAUUUUGGAGACAGAGUGCGUGAGAGGGGCAGAGAGACAGAGGGGCAGAGAGACAGAGAGAGAGAGAGAGAGAGAGAGAGAGAGAGAGAGAGAGAGAGAGAGAAUCCUAAGAAGGCUCUUCCUUCAGCGUGGAGCCUAAUGUGGGGCUUGAUCCCGUGACCCUGGGAUCAUGACCUGGGCUAAAAUCAAAAGUCAGAUGCUCAACCGACUGAGCCACCCGGGCGCCCCUCAGCUGUUAUUAAUAAUAAUAACGUCACCAUCUUUAUGUACAUGCAUCAGGUAGCUGUAGGGUGAUUGGAAAUGAGGCAUAAAGAGUAAGACUGCCUCAACUGUAGGAGCUAAUGUAGGAGCUAUAAUGUGUGAAAGGUCUAGACUAUCUGCUGUAAAGACCAGAAGGAAUUGAUAGGGAGCCAGCUGUAGUCUGGUUUGGGGCCUGACUUUUCAUGUCUGUUGCGAGGGGUGAGAGUCCUGUUAGCGUUUCACACUUUGCUUCUUGGAGUGCCACGGUUUAGCGCCACAGUGACAGGCAGGAGGGCCGAAGAGCCUGGGGGCCUUUGGACUUGGGCUCUUCUGUCUGAAAGGGAAGCAGGUACAGUUUUCUCUUUUAAUACCUGGUGGGUUUGCAUAAGAUUUUGUUUUUCUGUUCCUGCAGUAAACAGACAAAAAGAGUUGAAUCCCACUGGGCCAGCUCCCUAACAAGCCCCUGUUCCCCCUUUGCUCUCUUCUUGGCACCUGCAGCUGCAAAGACGGCCCCACGACUGUCCUUUUCCAGGACAGAGCUCGCUUCCAACUACCACAGCACGGGAGCCUCGGGAAUUUGUUCUGUGUGAUGGGCCCCAAUCUGCUUUUUGGAAGUCUUUAAUGGUCGCGUUGGGGUGCCUUAGGUACUAACGAGUUCCCUGUUUUUAGAACCGUUCAGGCUUCGGGUGAUGUCAAGUUCUAGCUUCACUAAUUGCUGGCUGCGUGACUGGGUAAUGAAUAUGAGGCUAUAAGCACAGUGUUUCCAUGCUGUGAAUGGUGGGUGUCGGUGACCUGACUGCUCUGAUAAUCACAAUCGACUGGCGAGCGUCUGCUUGGGAUCCUCUUUUUGCCACCCGGGAGUCUCUUUUUAAAGACCCGUUUUAACGCAGCCACCCUGGUACUAGCCGUCAGCCAUCCUCACAGACGAGGCCAUGGACAUGAUUGCUAGAGCAUCCAUCACGUCCCACUCUUUCCUUUGCGCUGCAGGGCGUAUUUCCGAAGAAACGUGAACCGUGGAUUGUGUAAUCAUGCUCUGAUGCAAACCAAAUCUUGGCAAGUGUGAACGACUAUGAAAACAAUACAUAUGUGAAACACACUUCCCCUGUGCUUCUAUUUAACGUUCUGGUUCCCAUGCCAGGUUUCCCCCUGUGUUCUGCAUUUCAGAAAUAUUUUGUUUUUCAUUCCAGACCGUAGGAGUACAAAGGCAGAUUUGUUUCAUCACUUAAUUUGCUAAUUCUGCCAGGCUCUUUCUCCCACUGAUCAGCAGUCCUCCUUAGAGUCUUAUAUGUGAGGCUGGCCUUUAGGAAAAUUACAUAGGAGUGGUUUCAUAUUUACCCUGUGCGUGACUGCAGAGGACAUGAGUAAAAUCAAAACAAAACAAACAACUGAGGAAACAAAACAGUGCCCCUGUGGGGGAAUUUUAGGAUAGGCUGGUAUGCCACAGCUGAGCAGGGUAGGGGUGCAGACUCUAUUUUUGUUCUUGACUCUGCGUGAAACUUAGGGCAUGUGAUUUUACUUUAUUGAGCUCUCUUUUCCUUCCAAGUAGGAACCUGCUCGCUGACAUCCCAGAGAUAGGGUUAUUUUACAGGAUUGACAUCACCCAGUUCUUUGACUUCCCUGCUGAUGGGAGUACAGAACUAGAAAACCUUAGCAGAGACUGCUGCUCAAAAAGAAGGAAGAUGGAUGGAUGGAUGGAUGGAUGGAUGGAUGGGUUAGUGGAUGGAUUGAUGGGUAGAUUGAUGGAUAGAUGAAUUGAUGGAUGGCUCAGUGGAUGAAAUGAUGGAUGGGUGGGCGAGUGGAUGGAUAGAUGGAUGGAUGGAUGGAUCAGUGGGUGAAUUGAUGGAUGGAUGGAUGGAUGAAGACAGAAACUUCUUAUUCUAUAACCGCAUCCCUGCCCAGAAGCCUUCCUGACCUUCCUUUUCAUUAUACCCACCUUGUCCCUGCUUCCGUAGCCCUCCUCUACCUUUGGCUUGUAAACAAGCAGAUGCAGUAAGGAGUGGUAGGUAAAAUCUUCCAGGUAAUAUUAGAAGCUUCAGGACAACCAGGAAAAGCCCCACAUAAUUCUUGUUCACUGUCAUCCCCACACCAAACAGUGUCAGCUUCUGGCACUUAGAAGAUGCUCAGUACACAUUUGUUGGAUGAACAAAUGAAAGCAUCCAAUGAGAGAACGGUGACUGUUCGCAAGGACUUUUGGGAGCAAAUCUUGGCUUUCCUUCUUGUAUCCCUCUAGUACUACUGCUCUUGUGAGAGCUGGUUUUCUAUUCAUGGGGAGCCAGAUGGGAUUGCUAAGUAGGAAUAGGAUUCCUCCCACCUGUAACACACACACACACACACACACACACACACACACACACACACACAGUUUCUCCCUCAGGACUUCUAAAGGGGUCACCUGACUGAUUUGCUUUCACAGCCUGACCUCCUGUCCUCCUUCUCUGCCUCACCUAUCCUAAUUCCUCCUUGUUAAUUAAUCAUUCUUCUGAGGGUAAAUAUUCCUCCCGGCUCUUUCCUUUUCCUUUGGGCCCCAAGGGGUGUGACCUCUGGGAGAGCCUUGCCUUUCUCUUUCUAAGCCUUUGCCUAGAUACCUAUUAUUAUCAGCUCAGUCAUUGCAUCCUGAUAUUUUGCUUGGAUUUAAAGACGAGAGGCAGGGGCUAAUGAAGGGCUUUUGUGUUCAGGAACACAGGGCACCCAGCAGCUUCAGCAGCUUCUCCAUUUAAUUCCAGGCUUGUAGGGACACUCACUAUGCUUAGCACAGCCCUGGAGAGGGUGGCAGGGAGCACAUUCAGGCCUCCCCUGCUCAGCACUUCCUACACAGCCUUGGUACCUGUGCUCAGAGGAGGAGCCAAAACACCGGAAGGACAUAGUCUGCAGUCUUCCUGGCCAGCACAGCAUACUCUGGUUCAGAGAACUAACUAUUGCCAUGGGUAUGCACUCUGCCUUUUCUGGGCCUUAGUUCUCUCAUCUAUAAAGGGACUUGAUCUUCUCCAACCCCCGUUACAACUACAGAUGCCUGUGAUUUAAAAUAGAAUGUCCUUCCCUCUGUGAAAAUACAGAAUGGUUUUCUGGCACGUGGGCAUACACACGUAGGAAUGGAUUUAGGUCUCUUGAGGCUUAUGCAGAAUGCUGGUGACCCUCAGUGAGCAAGUUAGUGAACAGGCUCUGGGUCAGACUAUAAAACUUUUACCUGCAGACCAGGCACUAUACCCAGUGCUCUGCAUGGAUGAUCUCCUUUAGUCAUCACAACUGUCCCAUGAGGUAAGUCCUACCAGUACUCCCAUUUUACUGAUGAAUUGCGGUUUGGAGAAGUUAGGUCAUUGGCUGAAGCAGUUUGGGAGUCAUGAGUCACGUUAGGAAAGCAGACAUGCAGGCUUGAGGGAGCGGCUUGACCUCUCUGCUGCCCCCUGCAGGUAAGUGUGUGCCAUGGCGGAUCUGUACCAAAAGGUUUCUAGGGCUCCGAUGCAGCUUUCCUGUCUCCCUUGUAAAGGGAGUGCAUGUUAAAUGUCCUGCCUGUCCCAUUCCCAUGCAAGAAAGGAUUGCAUUUGAAAUGUCUGAAGUCAUGCCUGACUUUGCUCCUCUGCCCAGAGGGCCCAGCAGGGGCCUGAAGCGUUAAAACCUGUAUGAGGGUUCAUUUCAGUGAUGCUUUGCUAUCUUUCAUAAAAAUUGGCAGCAGGCAAAUCUCAGGGCAAUCUGCACUAAAGAUGUCUGGCAGGAGGGCACCUGAGUACCUCUCCCCUCUACCCCAGGACCCUCCUUCCAUUCUGGUCUAGAACUUUGCAAACACUGUGUAUAUCAUAAAGGCAUGGGAUCUUGGUAAACUACAGAUUCUAAUUGAGUGAGUCAGGGGCGUGGCUCCCAGGGAGUUACCGAUGCUGCAGAUCUGAGGUCUACACUUUGAGCAGAGAAGGUCUAGAGGCCAUGGUUUCCAGGCUGCAUCUGCAUCAGAAUGCCCCGGAGGCCUCAGUAAACAACUUCCCAGGACCUUCCUGGGAAUCUCAAUCACCAGAGUAAGGAGGGGACCCUGGAGCUGAAGUGUUUCUGGGAGCACACUAUAAGAAACACUGCCCAGUCCAGUGGCUCCUAAGCCACUGUGGUUGUCCGAGUCCUCCGCAGAUUGAGGUCAUCCUGGGAAAGAGUGGCUCAUGGGCCUAGAGUGGGGCCAGAAUUCUCUGCGUGCUGUUUCCCCAGCCAAGGCCAAGUCGAAAUGCGGCCCGACGUUCUUCCCUUGUGCCAGCGGCAUCCACUGCAUCAUUGGCCGCUUCCAGUGCAAUGGCUUCGAGGACUGUCCCGACGGCAGUGAUGAGGAGAACUGUACCGCCAACCCUCUGCUUUGCUCCACCGCCCGCUACCACUGCAAGAAUGGCCUCUGCAUUGACAAGAGCUUCAUUUGCGAUGGGCAAAAUAACUGUCAAGACAACAGCGAUGAGGAAAGCUGUGAAAGCUCUCAAGAACCAGGCAGUGGGCAGGUGUUUGUGACCUCAGAGAACCAGCUCGUGUACUACCCCAGCAUCACCUACGCCAUCAUCGGCAGCUCUGUCAUCUUCGUGCUGGUGGUGGCCCUGCUGGCCCUGGUCCUGCACCACCAGCGGAAGAGGAACAACCUCAUGACGCUUCCGGUGCACCGGCUGCAGCAUCCCGUGCUGCUCUCCCGCCUGGUGGUCCUGGACCACCCCCACCACUGCAACGUCACCUACAACGUCAACAACGGCAUCCAGUACGUGGCCAGCCAGGCCGAGCAGAACGCGUCGGAAGUGGGCUCCCCGCCCUCCUACUCAGAGGCCCUGCUGGACCAAAGACCCGCGUGGUACGACCUUCCUCCGCCGCCCUACUCCUCCGACACUGAGUCUCUGAACCAAGCGGACCUGCCCCCUUACCGCUCGCGCACCGGGAGUGCCGACAGCGCCAGCUCCCAGGCGGCCAGCAGCCUCCUGAGCACGGCAGACAGUGGCCAUGGCCCGGGGCAGCCCGGCCCUCCGGAGAGUGCCGCGGGGCCCAGGGACUCCGCGCCCAGCCAGGGCACCGCAGAAGUAUAAAUCUGGCGCUUCCAAAGUCCAUGUGGGUUAAUCUGCUCUGACUUGGUACCAUCCUAACAACUCAGCUCAUGGGGAGCUCCUCAGGGUGCCUCGAGGAGGGAUUUCGGGUGUCAGCGGUCUCUCCGUCCCCUUCCUACCCCCUCCCCCCACCCCACCCCAGAUUUCAGGGAUGUUCUUUAGAAGGAGACCUGGUGUUUUUCUGGCCUCUCGGGCGACACGAUGUGUUGUGCCAUCUUUUCUGGGAGGUCACUCGUCCUGCGGGGCCCAGGAGCGUGAGCUCACUUGCCACGUCAUUGUGUCAUUGUUGGAAUGUUGCGGACAAGGCAACGUAAGUUAGCAGGCGGCCGGAUAAAGCGGCAUUUGAGGAGUCCUGGGGAACGCAGCGCUCCUGUGCCGUGUUGGAUGUCCAGAAGGGUGGGAGACACCAGCCCGAGUUCCCCGUGGCUGCUACCAUAUGGCUCCGUGGGAGGUUUGGGUCGGAUGAUCCUCCAGGAGGCCGUUGUGGAUGGCUGCCCUGGGAAGAAUCCAGGUGAGCACCAAAGCCUGCCUCACACUCUCCUGCGCGCCACCCUAAGUUCGGCCGAGGCUGUGGCCAGAGGAAACAGCCAUGAGUUACACCCUUCCGCAAUCACCAGUGGCCUUUUGGUUCUCCGAGUGACUCUGAACCAUUUACUUGAUAGAUUCAGGCUUUAAAACCUUCCCCAAGAAUUCUCGUGUUGAGGGUUUUUCUCUGCAAUGUGUCAUCAGCCUCAUCCCGGAACGGGCAGGGGGCCUCUGCCGUGAGUUCGUCCGAGUUCCCAGCUCUUCAAAUGCAAGCUGCCGAGAGCCUGGGCCUGCUGAGGGCCACAGCUCUUCUCUGGCUUCUGGACCGUCCCCUUCCUGGCUGUGACCUUCCCGGAGCCAAGGGCUGAGGACCCCAACUUGAAUUGGCCAAAAAUCUGAUCUGGUCCUCCGUCCCUGUAAACCACGCCCAUCUGUGCCCAUCCAUGCAACUUUCAACACUAGCUUCCGACGUCACCUUAACACCCAGAAGUCAUCUUACCUGUGCGUUUGGACUUGAGGACACUGUGGUUGAUGACACACGUGAGAAUGUUCAGGACCUCCCACCAGAGCUCCUGGGUCCCUGUGUUGCACACACUCCCCUUCCCAAGGCCCAGAUACCAGCGCCCUGACUUAGGAUUAGGGCUAGGGUUAGAGUCAGGGACAGGCUUCUUCUGACUUGCCAUAGUUUCUCCUCUAAAAGACGUGGACGGUAGAUAAUUUGGAGUCAAGAUUUGCCAUUCGGACUUUUUUUGUUGUUUUUUAAUCUCUUAGAAAUGCAUUUGAAACAGUGUGUUUGUUUUUUCCCUUCUAGUUAAGGGAUUAUUUAUAUGUGUAUAGGAAAGCUGUCUCUUUGUUUUCUUUUGUUUUUCCUUUAGUGAGGUCCAAAGAAAGAUACAAAAAGGAGAUCACACCUUUGUCCCGCUGAGCCCUGACACCGGGUCACUGCAGACUGACCUGUGUGCCUGGCGUUCGUGCAUUGUUGCACUUUGAGUUAUUAUUUAUCAAGUUCUUGAAGGUUGCAGAAGGAGGGAUGUCUUUCUCCCUCAGUUCAGAGUCUCUGUGUUUCUGCUAGUGUUUCUCUUUCUCUGUGCCCAGCUAGCUGCAGGGCCCACUCCCUGGAGAUACAGUGGGUAGAAAUGUAGGCGUUAUUUGGCAAGAAACCACCCUGUUGGGGCACAAAACUGGAACCAGGCGGAACCACUCCAGGCAGCGCUCACCCAUUCAGGACUUCUUCCCGCAGCGGAAGAAAUUUUCGGUAACCUCUUUGAUGCUAAUUUAAAUGGAGCCUGCAGGAGUGGGGGACGAAGUAGCAUUUAGUGAUCCUGUUCUGUGGACUUUUUUGGUUUUUUUUUUUUUUAACCAUAUCCAAAAUAUGUUACAGGAAAGCUAGCGACUUGGUGAUUUCUUUCUUUCUAAGUUAAAGAAAAGGAGGCUAGUCGUUUCUGUCUUUCAUUUUUUAAAUAACACUUGAGUUAUUUUCCAAGUACUCUGAUAAAGAAAGAACUUAAUGAUGGUAUCCAGAAUGUGGUAGGAACUCUGGCUGAACAUUUCAUCUCCUGUGAGUCAGAAUGGCUUUAUUUCUUCUCUCCCUUUGAUGGGCCCAUGCUCCUUUCUGGUAUUUUCGAAGUUGUUUAGAAGAAAGGAUUCUAAUUUUAAUUAAUUGUGCAGUGAAUUAAUCUCACUCGCUUUUCUGCUUCCAGGCAUCUUAGGAAAAACAAAUGGUCUUAGUAGAUAAGAAAACCUAUUAAUGUUGUUGUUUUUUUAAAUAAACAUAGGGACAUUUUUAUUAUAGAUUUGAUUUUUUUAAUGAAUCUUUUUAAAAAUAUAUAAAUAGGGCACCAAAGCUACAGGGGUUUUUCCUGUUUUUUCCCCUACUCAAAAUGGCAAAUAAGUGGCCGGCAAUAUUUUUUAACUCAUUUCCAUCCAGAAUAUUUUUUUAUACAUUGCCUAAAUCUACACCAACCAGGAAACCGUCUCUGUGCUUUUUUCUCAGAUGAGAGCAGCGAAUUCUUUUUAUUUUAGCAUUAAAAUUAGCGGCACUGUAAUUGAUAGCUUACCCCCUGAUUCAGCCCCUACUCUGAAACUGACAUCUUUUUUAAACAUGCAACAAAGUGGUUGAUAAUAGUGUGUGAUGAUGCAAACUGGAAAGUU